CAGCACUGACAGAAUGAUCACAAAAAACAAACCCAGGCCUUCUUUCCUUAAUGUUCCUGACUUCUUGGAAAAGGACUAAAAGGCCAGAGGACGAGCAAUUUGCUAUCAGCCCGGUAGGGAGUGCUCUCAGUCUGCGGGUGGAAGACCAUCAAUCAGACACAGACUCGCUCACCAACCACCCGAGGAGGUUGAACACCCUGUUAAUGUUGGAUUAUUGGAGAUACGUCGUGCUGGGUUUUGUCUUAUCGUUUAAAAGUAUGAAGUGAAAAGUAGCCCAGUUGCGGUCCAUAUUGAUGGGACUUUGGGUCGGGCCAUUGGUCGGAUCCCGCCUUUAGUCAAUGUCUUAUUGAUUGGUUGUUCAUCCCACCCGGUGGAAAUGGCCACGGAUGGGAAGGCCGAUGUGGAGGUGGCUUCUUCGCCUGUCAUUCCAGUCAACGAAGAAGGAGGACAGGGUGUGGUUUUGGGAAUCUGGUACAUGUUCCAGGGAUGUUUCUUGUCAUCGGUGACCAUCUACGGAUUGGCCUCACUCACGUCCUUCUUGAUCUUGAGGAAACACAAGUUUGGCCGAUUCUAUUCGAUCAUGAUCCUCUUCAUGGGGUUCGUCAUCCCACUGACCUUGGGGAUCAUCAGUUCCACAUCGAUCGCCUUCGUGUACCACACGUCCAAUAUCCCCCUCUUGCCUCAACCUGCCUUCCUGUGGGGCGUGGGUCAAACCAUAGUCCACGCCCUCUUCGGCCUGUCGCGAGUACUGGCCACCUUGUGAGUCAAUUGAUGUUCGUGAAAAGACGGGGGCCAACCACUUGUCAGACUUACGGGCAAGCGGAGUCAAGGAUCCGAUCGUUAUGGAGGAUUGAGAGGAUUAGCAUUGAGCUUUAUUUGGUCUUGACAUUGAAGACUGGCGAGGCGCCAAAAUCACAUAAAAUCCCCCCACCCCCAA